AUGGCCCUGCCGCAGCCUGUUCUUGGACGAACAUGGGGUCCUCAAGCGCCGGAUCCCACCACGCAACGCGACGUCCUGGCCGUCGCAAGAAAAGUCCAAGCAGCAAAACGCCGUGCAGAGGACGGCGGACGAACACAGCGACUUCAACAACCACCCGCCCGUGCCAACUCGCUGCGCCGCGUCAAGGACUCCAGGGAACAGCUGCGCACCACCAGAGCGCGCGGCACUAGCAACGCAACGACCGACUCCACACCGAGUACGGCGCCCGGCCGAUCGUUCACCGUCGCCAACAUCAACAACGGCAUCAUCUACCUGAGGCCUUCGGUACGCCCUGCACAUCAGCGCGCCCGCCCGCUGCCAGAGCCCAUCUUCCCGCAGACACCGCCCGACAGUGCCACGCUCGACUCCCAGGCACGACCGACGAGCGAUGGCUGGGAGAAGAGUGUGUUCGAGGCCAGAACACCCACCCGCACCGACUUUGUCCUACCUCCCCUGCCGACAGAAGUGAAGACGGACGAUGAUAUCAAGCUCUCGCGGCCCGCGUACCUCGACUCGUCCCCUCCGCCCCCGCCACACCACACCCGCUCGCGAUCCUUUUCCACCGUCGACGAACACACUGUGAGCUCGCAAAGCUUCGAGCCAGGUACUUUCAAGGUGGUGAUUGACCGCUCCGGACGCCCCAAGACCGCCGACACCGAGACCACGCCCAUACUUGAGGUCCCCAUCCCAUCAUAUCGGCUAGGCACGCCGCGUUUUAGUGCUCGAGGAACGGCUAUCCUGCGCAGUUCGGUCUACACGAACGCUACGGCAACAGAGGAUUAUAGAUCGUCCUUCUUGACCCCACAACGUGCGACCCACUCGUUCCUUUCGUCCCGUACACGAUCCGACGUUUAUUCGCCCAACUCCUUCAACUUCCGCGCCACUAUGGACCUGAGGCCUCCGCUGCCUUCGUCUGAGCCCUCUUCAGCCCGCAUCUCUAAGCUCCCAAUUGGGCCCCAGAUCUACGAUUUGCUCACUGUAAACCCCGACGAUAAUGCUGUUGUUCGCUUCUCUCCGAAUGGAGACAUUCUCGCAGCCACGCCUUCGCGACUGAUUGCACACAUUACCUCACCCAGUUUCCUCGACUACGAACUGCUAUCUGACUUCUUUCUCACGUUUCGCUCGUUUCUUGUCAGCCGCGAACUGGUCGCUUACCUUUUGUCACGCCUCAGAUGGGCUGUGAACCGACAGGAUGACUUCGGCCGCAUCGUCCGCGUACGUACCUUCGUUGCUCUACGACAUUGGAUUCUCAACUACUUCGUGGAUGAUUUUGUGCCAAAAUAUCGAUUACGAGUGUACUUCUGUGAGCUGGUGAACGGGCUGUACAGAGACCUUAAAGCCCGUGAAGAUGGAGGUAGAGGGGAUAUCAAGAUCAUUGGCGAGUUGAAAAAAUGCUGGAGAAGAACAUGCGCCCUGUAUUGGGAAGGUGAUGAUCGUAUUGGUCAGGACGGAGCAGACGAAGAUCUUCAGCCGGGUGGGAAACCAGGAUCACUGGCAUCCGUGGACGAAAACGCGUUCACUACUGCCUUGCCAUCCACUCCUCCUCGAGAUCCCGCUCCCCGCCAGGUCAGCGCACAGACCAAACCAGAAACCAUUGGAUCGAACCCGAGCGACCAAUUCGCCAGCAAACACAUGGACUGGGCUCACAGAGCUCGACACACGCCUCAAAAUAGCUUGAGCUCUCCAUACAUCCCUUCACAAGUAGAAGACGGCGUCAGGGUACCUUUAUCGCCUGAGAGUGAACGCAGCAUGCAAGUCUUGUCUUGCUCUAUCCCAAUGAGAGGCUUGAACAAACCAGAACCGGCAAAAGAUGUACCCUUGUAUGCAUAUCCUGUCCCGCAUCCAGUAACCGCAGCUCCAUCACGCCGUACAGCCAGCCCGCAGCAACAUUCUCCUGCAAAACAACCAAAUAGACCAUCUCAUGGCCACAAACGUAGUGGUAGCUUUUCAGACGCCCUGCGCGACAACAGAACGCAUCUUUCGUUUCCAAAGAGCACAACUUCAGACGGGGACAUUACAACGGUCGAUAUAACAACGAUCUCCAAGAUCCCAGGCAGUCUUGUGCGCGGAGGGCUCUUCCAGCCGGGCUCACCAUAUAUCGACGUGAAGAAUGGUAAUUUGAGGCAUACGAAAUCACGUGUGGAACUCGCACAUGCAGAAUUGGUACAUCCGGAUGUCCAGUUUCGCGGAGGAUAUGUGGCCAGUCCGGGUGUAAAGAAGCUUCUCGGAAGCGUUCGUCGUGCGUUGAGCGGCAAGCAGCCAGGCUCUUCAAGCCCGCACUUGGCCAGCGCCUUCCAAUUCAAUCAUGGGGCACCCUCAGCGCGAUCUUCCAACCCUGCUACCGUGUCGACGGUCGCGUCCGGGGUCGUCUCAAAGCGUCGGAACACCCGCCCUCGUCCUCAAGUGCGAGUUGACGUACUUGCCUCUGCGGUCGCUGAAAGCUUCAAGGAAGCAGUGAAAGAGCAGAUGAGGAACGAACAGCAGCGACGGAGCACAAUGCCUACUCCUGCCCUCGGUGGAUUUGAGUUUGAAUUUGAGAAACGCGCGAACAGCAGCCGAGGCCAGAGCCCAUCCACCAAGAACGAAGAUUUUAGGCUCAACAGCGGUAUCACGACUGGGAGCAAGUCCAUAGUCAUCAUGGAUGACACUGGCGCACCACCUGUUCCGAUGAUGACUGGGGCAUUGCCCUUCUCCGAUAAGGAACAUGAUCUCAUCACCUCUGUCCCUGUUGGCUUGACCAGAGUAGCAUCCAUCGACGCAAAACUUGAAGACGGUGAAAAGACCGAAUUGCAUUCCGAGCACAGGGAAGUAGAAGUCCCGCAAGACUGGCAACGAGCCUCUCGCACAUCAAUUCGACCAUCCAUUAUACCUCAAAGACGCUCGGUCUCUCUGGGGAGAGAACGGAUGCAUUCAUUCCGACGACGAGGAUCUACCAAAACUUCAAUGUCACGCCCUGCGUCUCUACGCCGACAUACGUCCCACGCUAGCGGCCUGGGAAGACAGCAGCCCAUCGAGAGCAUUUCCACGUUCAAGACGAUGUCGUCAGACAACGAUCCGUUCCAAUUCGAUCGUCAGUCUUCUAUAAAGGCGCUCAAACCUGCUCGUCAACUACGGCGUCGUCCGGGUGGUGAUCUUCGCGCUGCUGGUAAUGUACAAGAUCUGGAGCAAGGACAACGUCCGCACUCCACGGGAUCUGUAUCGAACCGCACUCAUUCCAUCGCCAAUUCUGUUAUCUUGAAGAGGACAGAUCGCCUCAAUGGGCUUACCAAAGAACCAGAGAAAGAAGUCGAAAGCGAGAGUGAGGGCGAGCUGAAGAGAAAGAAACCGCUCUCUUUGGUCGACACGCACUCGUCACAGCCCAACCUCAGACCUUCCUUCGAAGCUGAAGUAGCUAAGCUAGCAGCUCUGCCGGACGAUAUUGACGACGAUGGCGGAAUUGAGUCUGCGCUGAUGAAACUAGAAGGCAGAUACGAGAAGAAGUCGCCAGACCUGGUGCACACGAGUGCAAACACAUCGCCUCGGCCUGACGUCGAAUCAGGCGCUUUCGCGUCCCCGGCACUGCCGAUAGAGUCGUCAAAUCCUUCUUACAUACCGUCGGAAUAUGAUUCUUCCCAGACUAGAAGCUAUGUCAAGGGAGACGAUGUUUUCCAUCGACCGCUCUCUGCACCGGAAGCCGAAGGCCAACAGAUGUAUCGCCUUUCUGGAGAAGCAUUCAAUCGUCGCGUGCCUCCUGUCAACUCGCAAAUCGAGUCGGAAGAUUCAUACUCUUCCAUCCCUUUGCUCGAUCGAGGUCUGAGCGAUGUUGGUGGUCCUGCACGAGGGCGCGCAUCAACGAUGGACACAAUGAGGCUAUCAGCGAAGCCCGCUCCAUUGAAGCCCAUGAGCCCUGUGUCCCGAUUCGGAGAGCAGUCUGCAAAGCUUACUGCCUCGUCGAAUUCGUCGAUCGAACACAUCAUCAAAACGGACAGCAUGAAGAGGAUCCCAGCAGAUGGCACCAUGCCGAGGUCUUCGGUCGCUCGCGAAUCUUUCCUCCUGGACGAUGACGAGGACCUGAGCGAUCUAGGCUCAGCCAGAAGAACUAUGUCAAAUGACAGUCACGGCGUUCGAAGUUUCUUCGAGGACGAGACCCCUGUUGGCGACAAAGAUGAAUUCCUACCUACACAUCCAAUGCGACAUCCACCUACUCCCCCGCUUACAGCCAACCGGCUGAACGACCUGCCUCAAGUCGACACCACAGUUUUCGAAAAAGGCCUUCCUACACCGGGUUUGACGCCGACUUCUCGCCUCAACGGGCAAUCUUUCGAGAUGCUCGGCCAGUCGCCAGUCUUUAAACCACAGGAGGUCAAACAAGAAAGUCCAGUGGCGGAGCCUCCGCACUUCCCAUUCAUUCUCGCAUACGACUCCGAGACCCUUGCGCAACAAUUUACCAUCAUCGAGAAGGAUGCUCUAGAUGAGAUUGACUGGAGGGAGCUCAUCGAGCUUCGGUGGAAACAAUCUUCUCCACAGAUCUCCGAUUGGGUGCAGUACUUGCGCACACAAGAGGCAAGAGGCGUCGACGUCGUCAUUGCUCGAUUCAACCUGGUUGUCAAGUGGGCUGUCUCGGAGAUCGUCCUUACGGAAAGCAUCGAGGAACGAGCUCGAUGCAUCGUCAAGUACAUUCAUAUUGCUUCACAUACCCGACGACUGCGAAAUUACGCGACAAUGUACCAGCUCACUAUCGCUCUUCUGUCUAACGACGUCUCUCGCAUGCGCAAGACCUGGUCACUGGUUCCCCCCGCUGAACUGCAAACCAUGAGAGAACUGGAAGCGCUCGUGCAACCCCUACGGAAUUUCCACAACCUGCGCGUAGAGAUGGAGACAGCGACCGUUGAGGAGGGCUGCAUUCCUUUCAUUGGCAUAUACACACGAGAUCUGAUCUACAACGCGCAGAAGCCUGCAUUCAUCGAUGCACCCCCUGCAGCUGGAGAAAAACUGGUCAACUUCGAACGACACCACACGGCCGCCACGAUAGUCAAAAGUCUUUUGCGCCUCCUCGAAGCGAGUUCCCAAUACACAUUCAACGUCGAGCCCAACAUCAUUAGCAAAUGUCUCUGGAUGGCUGCCCUCAGCGACGACGAGAUCGCGAAGCGCAGCCGCCAGCACGAAUGA